CAAGUUUUCCACUGCGAUUGCAUCUCAAUGUGGAACACCGAACGUGUCAAGAAGUGCCCCUGGUGCCGUUCCUCCUUGCCGCUUGUGCUUCAGUCAGCAUAGGGCGUUAUUCACCGAUCCAACUCAGAGUAUUUUUCAUCUCCCAUUCGACCUGGGUUUGAUAUAUGCUUAGUGGCACUAUGGCAUCUUUUAGAGGAAGUGUCUGUCUGGAGCAAGGAAAAAUUACAUAUUCACGGGUGUGACUGUGGCUGUCUCACACGACGGGUUGAAAUAGUAGUAGUUUAGCAUCAGUUUGUUUCAACUAGGUGGAAAUUAUCAAUUGAAUUUUGAAAAGUGGAUUAAGUUAUUAGAUCUUGAGUGUUUUUCUGUUAAACAGUAUAUCUUACAAAUGCUAAAAUUUGAUAUAUACAUGAUAGGCUUAUUGGGCCACUAGUGCCUUUAGCAGUAAGGGAAGGGAAAUACUAUGAGAGUGUCAGGGGAGUUCGCCUUUUGAAUGAUGAGAGCAAAUUUCCUCUACAUCUUGGGCUGCGUGUCUCAGGAGUUGGAGUGGUUGAUGUCCGCUUCCGGGCCUUCCAACACUGUUCUUGAAACUGUGGUUCAUUACUCCAGAAUGUUCAUGGUCCAACUGCUUGUAAUGGUUCCUUCUCAACCUACUAGCCUACAAACAGCAGAGGAAAUGGCAUUGCUGGCUUAUGUAGAAUCAAGAAUAAAAGCUUUCUAGACCAGCACCAUCUUCCCAGCUCAACCCCUUCAAUUGCCAUUUUAGCUCCUCCUUGCCGCUCAUUCAGCCUUCUUCCUUGUGUUGCGCUUUGUCUGGCAGGUGUUCUUUUGGCUUUGACUUUUAUAUUUGUUGAUUUAUUGAUCACUAUAACUUCACUUUCUUGAGAAUAUCCAGUACUUGGUUAAAGUUAUAUAUUCUGAUGAUGGUGGUUUGUGAAAUGCUCCUCAGAUAAAAUUUAACUGAUUUG